AUGGCGUCUGAUCCGCCGACAAGUGAUAAUGAUGACAACGAUGAAGAUCUCAGCGAAAGCCAAAGAAUUUCUGAAGCGCCGAAGAGCCUGAAGCUACAAGGCCGAGAGUCGACGAAGAAAGUGGACAAGUUGAAGAACGACCUGAAGAUCCAAAGAGGAGAACCCUCAGGAACGGUGAGAAGGAUAAUGGCCACAAGAAGUGUGCAAGAAGUUGCAUCAUUCCUCAGGAAGGAUUUGCCGAAGCAUCACGAUAACGAAGAGGUCGAGUUGGAUGAGUUUGAAGGAUUCGAAGUCGAGUUCGAAGAUUCUGAAGAAGACAGAAGCUCAGAACUUGAAGAUGAUGAAGAGUUCGAAGAAAGUAUGCCGAAGUGGUCAAACAAGUUCGAAGAUGGACCUCCAAGUUGGAUGAUGAGCUGGCAAAGGUCAACGUUACGUCGUACCUCUCAACCCAAAGUUGUUUACGAUUGGAGGCAUCGAGACAAUGAAUGGCAACGGCGUGGCCGGUUAGUUGCCCGCGAGUUUUAA